AUGUUGGAUCACCCAUGCCAUGCAAUAUCGUAAAGCUUGUUGAUGUACAAGAAAUGAAUUACUUGGCUGCCAAAGGAGAGGGUGAGGUGUGCGUAAAAGGGCCAAAUGUAUUUUGUGGCUAUUUGAAAGAUCCAGAAAAAACAGCAGAAGCUCUGGACAAAGAUGGCUGGCUUCAUACAGGAGAUAUCGGGAAAUGGCUACCAAAUGGUACAUUGAAGAUCAUUGACCGGAAAAAACACAUAUUUAAACUAGCCCAGGGAGAGUACAUAGCACCAGAGAAAAUAGAAAAUGUGUAUCUGAGAUCUGAAGCACUUGCUCAGGUGUUUGUCCAUGGAGAGAGCUUGCAGGCCUUCUUAGUAGCUAUUGUGGUACCUGAUCCUGAGACGUUGCGCAGCUGGGCCAAGAAAAAGGGAUUUGAAGGCUCAUAUGAAGAGCUAUGCAAAAACAAGGACCUCAAAAAACACAUUCUGGAAGACAUGGUGAGGAUUGGGAAAGAAUCUGGUUUGAAGUCAUUUGAACAGGUCAAAGACAUUGUCAUGCACACUGAAAUGUUUUCUAUUGAAAACGGCCUGCUGACACCAACACUGAAGGCGAAGAGACCGGAACUGCGAAAAUAUUUCCAGUCACAGAUAGAUGAACUCUAUGCUAAUGCCAAAAUGUAACUGAGAAUGGAGUGAGGAAAGUGGCACACGUCUGAUGUCUACUGUUGGCCUUCGUAUCUGUAAUUUGACUACAGCAAACAUAGGGAAGGAAACUGUGCAAUCAUUAACAUGUACAAAAAUGGGUACUUGCCAUAGGAACAUUGAAGAAAUGGAACACUGCCUUACUGUCAAGUUGUGUUGCAUACUGUUUUUAUGGUGACCUACAAUUUCCAAAAAGAGCCUUAACUAUAAAUGGUAACUAUACGUAAGUUAUUUAAGACUUCCUUGGCCAAAAAUGGGACUCUUCUUCACCAGGGAGCUAAGGUUUUCUUAUUGCCAGCAUGUUCGCUGUCUGCAGUGUAUUUUGCAGCUGUCAAUUCCAGAAGGGAUUUGGCAGGUCUGAAAAUGCCUUUAUCUUGCAUCCUUAGAAGGAUUACCUAAAUCUGUUCAGAAAAUAAAAACCCAACCACCAAAAAAAACCCCAAACCUUUACAGUUGUAUAGCUGGUAUGACAUCUUGCAUUAGUCCUAAUAUUAACUGGGGCAAGGCAUCAGAGUGUGGUUUUUCUCCCUUCUAUAUCUGCUGCCAGUUCUGAGAUGUACUUUUAAUAAGGUAGAAGUCAGAACUCCACACAAAGGAGACCGAUGAAUACAAGUUCCUCGGAGUAAGACUGCAUAUGGUGGUUCUGCACUGAAAGUGUGGAUGCAGUUAAUUCAGGAAGUGUAGCCUUUGCUACAUUAACACAAUUCCAGAGUGGUGCCAGCCCUGUAAAUGAACAGAUCCUAACUCUGGCAAGAACACUAGAGACCUAAAAACAAAACCAUUCAGGAGGGUGGACUAUGCUAACAGUCAGGUAAACAUUGCACCUGUACUAGCCACAUGUUUCCCUGUAAUGAACAUGUAUUUAAAUUUAAAAUGCCUUUUUUUUUUUUUAAAAAAAUGUGCUGGGUCCUCUGUAAGCAGAAGAGCUUCUGACAUAACCUCUCAGUUUUCUGUGCUUUAUGUAUGAGCCACUGAGUACUCUUCACUGAAUAGCAAAAUAGGUCAGGUACAAUGUUUUUUGCCUGAUGCUUUGCAGCAAUUGGAAGUAUUUAUAUAUGCCAACAGAACUGUCUGUUGGCACAGGAUAGGUAUUUGUUCAGGGAUAAAAACCUAAUUCGCAGAUAAAUUACAAAAUAACUAGUUACUCUUUCUUUGAGAAAUCAGCAGAAAUAAGCCUUAUUACAGCAUAAGUCUCUUGCUAUCCUUAACAGAGUUGGUUUUGCAUUAGCAUUCAUUGCUGUUUUUUGAAAACAUGGAUAUAUGUAAAAUACAAGCACAACAAGGUUUGCACUAAGAUUUUUGUGUGUGAUUGUAAUGCACUACUCUGUAGCAUAAUUUCAUACAUGUGUGCAAUUAAGGUACACAAAUCCAAGUCAACUGUUAGAGCCGUAGUUUGUUACAUUGGGAUUCAAAUGUUUGCUUAGUGUUGGCUAUUUCUAUGUUUUAUAAAACCAAAACAAUUUUCAAAACCAAUGAAGGAAACCAAAAUAAAUAUUUCUGCAUUUCAA